AGUGUAAAGCAGAAGCGAUUGUAAGGCGGUGCUCUGAGUAAGAGGGAGAAGCGAGACAGAGAUCGCCGCGGUGCAUUGUGGGAUACAGGCGGUGCUGUGUAUUGGGUGCCGCCGCCGAGGCGAGAAGAGAGCGAGAGAGAGGCUGAGAGAGGAAGGGAGCAGCGGGGCAUGAAGAUGGCGGACGCCAAGCAGAAGCGGAACGAGCAGCUGAAGCGCUGGAUCGGCUCUGAGACCGACCAGGAGCCGCCUGUGGUGAAGCGCAAGAAGACCAAGGUGAAGUUCGACGACGGCGCCGUCUUCCUGGCCGCCUGCUCCAGCGGGGACACGGACGAGGUGCUGCGGCUCCUGGAGCGGGGCGCCGACAUCAACUACGCCAAUGUGGACGGACUCACCGCGCUACACCAGGCUUGCAUAGAUGAUAACAUAGAUAUGGUGAAAUUUCUGGUGGAAAAUGGAGCGAAUAUUAAUCAACCUGAUAAUGAAGGCUGGAUACCUCUACAUGCAGCUGCUUCCUGUGGAUACCUUGAUAUAGCUGAAACUGGUUAUGGGACAGCGACAGUGGACAUUACAAAGUUUGUUUUUUGUAAGUACACUUGUCCUGCAGCAGUCUCGUUGCUCAGGAAUCCAUUAGCACUUUUGGAAUCUAUUGGCUUUUUUCUUGAAAUCACUUCUUGUCAGAAAGUCCUCCAUAUGGGCUCCCUAUCCAUUUCAGGAGGUAAUCGUUGUGACAAGACCAUUUCAGGAUGGAGAGGAAGCCUGCAGACUGCAGUAUUAGGACUGACCACCUGCCAGGGAUCAAUUCACAGCUUUCAGAAGGAAGAUAACAAUGUGCCUUGUAUGUUCUGUAUUUACAAAAACAUGAUUAAUAAAAUAAACAGUCAGAAUGAAAGUAUAUUUUCUUCAGGGGUUGAUAUAGAGGGAGCUCGGAAAGAAGAAGAAAGAAUAAUGCUUAGAGAUGCAAGACAGUGGCUUAACAGCGGUCACAUAAAUGAUGUCCGGCACGCAAAAUCUGGUGGUACAGCACUUCAUGUAGCUGCUGCUAAAGGAUAUACAGAAGUCUUAAAACUUUUAAUACAGGCUGGUUAUGAUGUUAAUAUUAAAGAUUAUGAUGGCUGGACACCACUUCAUGCAGCAGCUCAUUGGGGUAAAGAAGAAGCCUGUCGAAUAUUAGUGGAAAACUUAUGUGAUAUGGAGACUGUCAACAAAGUGGGUCAGACUGCAUUUGAUGUAGCUGAUGAAGAUAUUUUAAGAUAUUUAGAAGAACUGCAAAAGAAACAAAAUAUGCUUCAUAGUGAAAAAAAAGAAAAAAAAUCUCCCCUGAUUGAAUCUACAGCCAACAUGGAUAAUAAUCAGUCUCAAAAACCAUUUAAAAACAAAGAGACCUUGAUCAUUGAGCAGGAAAAGAAUGCAUCAAACAUUGAGUCUCUAGAACAAGAAAAAGCUGAUGAAGAGGAGGAAGGAAAGAAAGAUGAGUCCAGUUGCUCUAGUGAAGAAGAGGAUGAGGAGGACUCAGAAUCUGAAGCAGAAACAGAAAAGAACAAACCUACAACAAAUAAUACAAAUACCACUAGUGUGCAAGCUGCUCCUAUAGCUGUGACAACACCGUCUGUUCCUACUGGUCAGGUGACACCUACAUCUCCUGUCAAGAAGUUCCCAAGUUCAACUAAGGUUUCUCCCAAAGAAGAAGAGAGAAAAGAUGAGUCUCCUGCUUCAUGGAGAUUAGGUCUUCGAAAGACUGGCAGUUAUGGGGCACUGGCAGAGAUAACAGCUAGCAAAGAAACUCAGAAAGAGAAGGAUUCAACAGGAGUUAUGCGUUCAGCUUCAAGCCCUAGAUUGUCUUCUUCAUUAGACAACAAAGACAAGGAGAAAGAUACAAAAGCAGCUAGACUUGCAUAUGUUGCACCUACAAUACCAAGACGACUGGCCAGUACAUCUGACAUUGAGGAGAAAGAAAACAGGGAUACAUCAGCCAGUUUAAUACGUGGUAGUGGUUCUUACACAAGAAGAAAAUGGGAAGAAGAUGCAAAGAAAAAUACAUCAAAUGAAGGAUCUUCACCACUAAACACAAGCUAUCAAAGAAGUGGUUCCUUCGGUAGAAGACAAGAUGAUUUGAUUAGCUCUAGUAUUCCAAGUAUUACAUCAGUAUCAACAGUUACCUCUCCUGCUGGUCUUCAGAAAAGCCUGCUUUCUAGCACAAGCACUGCUACAAAGGUUACAACGGGUUCAUCAACAGCAGGCAUACAAAGCAGUACCUCAAAUCGUUUAUGGGCUGAGGAUAGUACUGAGAGAGACAAAGACAAUGUUCCUACAGCAGUGACUGUUCCUGUUGCACCAUCAGUUGUCAAUACUGCAACUACCACCACAACCUUGACAACAACUACUUCUGGCACUGUGUCCUCAACUUCAGAGGUCAGGGAGAGACGCAGGUCGUACCUCACUCCAGUUCGGGAUGAAGAAUCUGAAUCCCAAAGAAAAGCUAGAUCAAGGCAAGCAAGGCAGUCUAGAAGAUCAACACAGGGUGUAACAUUAACUGAUCUCCAAGAAGCUGAAAAAACUAUUGGUAGAAGUCGUACAACACGAACCAGAGAGCAAGAGAAUGAAGAAAAAGAAAAAGAGGAAAAGGAAAAACAAGACAAAGAAAAACAGGAAGAAAAGAAGGAAUCAGAAACUAAAGAUGAUGAUUAUAGGCAAAGAUAUGCACGAAGUAUAGAAGAGCCAUAUCAUCGUUAUAGAACUACAUCUUCAUCUACUUCAUCAACUUCUUCAGUUGCCACAUCUUCUAGUUCUUCAGGCCAACUAAACAGACCAAAUAGCAUUAUAGGUAUAACCUCUGCUUAUUCCAGAAGUGGAUUAAAGGAAAAUGAGAGAGAAUCAGGAAAGAAAGAAGAUGAAAAGGAAGAUGACAGACCACAAACAAAAUCAAUAAGGGAAAGACGGCGGCCAAGAGAAAAACGAAGAUCUACUGGCGUUUCUUUUUGUACUCAAGAUAGUGAUGAAAAUGAACAGGAGCACCAGUCUGAUUCAGAAGAGGGAACAAAUAAAAAAGAAGUACAGAGUGAUAGUCUUUCAAGAUAUGAGACAGGAUCAUCAGGAGAUCGCUAUGAUUCAGUACUAGGACGAACUGGUUACAAUUACUUGGAAGACCGCAAAUCGUAUUCCAACAAGUCAGAAAAAGAAGAUGCAGCAGAUUUUAAAAAGCUUUAUGAACAGAUUGUAGCUGAAAAUGAAAAACUGAAAGCACAGUUGCAUGAUACCAACAUGGAACUGACAGAUCUUAAAUUGCAGCUAGAAAAGGCAACUCAGCGGCAAGAAAGAUUUGCUGAUAGGUCUCUGCUAGAAAUGGAAAAAAGGGAACGAAGAGCUCUAGAAAGGCGAAUAUCUGAAAUGGAAGAGGAACUCAAAAUGCUACCAGACCUGAAGGCAGACAACCAGAGGUUAAAAGAUGAAAAUGGGGCCUUGAUCAGAGUUAUCAGCAAGCUUUCCAAAUAAAAUUGUUUACUCCAGCUGCAAAUCAUCAGAUUGCACAUAAUUAGUAACUCCAGUGGACCAUAGCAUGGAAGUCACUGGAAGCCUGGGAAGAUUUCUUGGAGACUGUCAUUUUCAGAUAUUCUGCCAAAUGCCCUUACCUGAGUGUGUGUGUUUUUUAAACAGAGAUCAUUGUUUCAUGUGUAAAAGCAGCUGCUGAGAAGACGUAAUGACUGAGAAAUCUUGUUUACAGCUACUGCAUAUAAGGAAAGUGUUUAAGGCCAGAUAAGCCUCAGAUAUUUAACCAAUAAGCCUUAGUUGUACAUAAACACAUGCAUCAAAAAAGCUUUCUGCUAUCACAGACAGUUACUUUAUUUUGUUGUUGUGUCACGGUUCCUGGUUUUUUGGUUUUUUUCCUUAUCCUGCCAUUUUUUUUUUUCUUUUCUUGAAUUUGUGUGUGUGCCCUUCUAAUUAUUCUUGUACCAGAAUUUUUCCUUGUACAGUAUUUUCACAGCUUUACAUUUACAGAAAUGACACACCCUUUAAAAAUACAACUAGCUAAAUAAGCCUGUAUUUUCCAGCCCACAACCCCAAAACAGAAAAGUUUGUGAAACCUUUGCUUUCACGGUUGUGCAAUAUGCAUUUAUUUUCUAUAAAAGAUGCUUUAAAAAGUCAAUUGAAAGUAGCUUCUCUCUUCUGCCUGUAUUGGUCACUUUUAAAAAGAAAAGACAAAGGGUUGUAGUGCGAGAUAUUAGAUCCUGUAACUUUCACCUUUAUUUUAGCCGGUACUGAGUGAUAAUGUAUAUAUUCAUUUAUAUUGUUUGGAUUUUUCAGCCCCACAUGACAUGCUUGAAUAUAAUACUUCCCUAUGGCAAAUGUGUAUUAAUUAUUUCGGAGCAGUCUAAUUUGCUUUAACAAGAUCCAUUACUUUUAAAGGUUUAAAUUAGAAAUUGUAUGGAGCCACAAAAAUGUUUAUAAACUAUUUUUUUAAAAACCCUUAUCCUUUCCAUCCCAUUUUUCAUUUGAGUAAUGUUCACCCAUAUUAAAAAUUAAGUAUAACUUCACUUCAUUUCACAUAUCUAUAUUUGAGUGCUGUCCAAAACUGUUGUGCUAGCCAAAGUAAUCUUUAAGUCAUUUGAAAGCCCUAACCUGUUACUCAUACACAUGUACUGCUGUUGCCAUGUGAGGAGGCAUCUGCAUUGAUACCACCAUCAUGUCUGACCAUUUUAUACAUUUCAGUGGCCUUUUAAAAAAUACUCCAGUGAAGAUAGCUUUUGUUCUAAAACAAACAGCUUUUCUAUUUUCAUUAAAACUUACUAAAUAUAACCAUCUUACUGGCCUAGAGACAAUUGCCUAAAAACCACUGAACAGUUCAGCCAUUAAAAUAAAUUGUACAUUGUAAAGCUUGUAGUAGCUAUUGUAUUAUUGAUUAUAUUGUAUACUAUAUUAAAUGUGAAUUUGUAUCCCUUCAUUUUAAAAGGUCAUUGUGUUCUACUGCCUAAUUCUUGGGAAUGGGACUUGCUUCAUUUUGGGGUGGGGAAUGGAGAAUGAUUUGCUGGGAUAAGGAGGACACAACUUCCCUUUGUGGGGUUGGGGGGGUGAGGUUUUUUGAAGAUGUAAGGUUUUGCUCUUACUACCAAGCUCAGGAUUCUUGAUUCUAAAGGUACAAGGAUAGUUCUGGGAUAUCUUGUUGCAGUUGGUUUGUAUGAGUCAAAAGACUGAAGAUGGACAUCUUUCAUACUCUUAAGCCUUCUACAAACCAAGCAGAGAAUUGAUCCAUCUGAGUGGCUGCAACACACUGCAUAGUGUUGUGAGAUGGUUAGGCAUACUGUGGAUUAUAUUUGGUAAAGUUUUGGAUGCCUGUGAAAGAUUAAAUGUGUAUCUAAUAUUUUAGUGUUUUAUAUAUAGGUUAUUUAUUCUUUAAAAACUGGCUACUGUGUUGCGUUGAUUUCAUUGGUAGUACUGAGCAGACCUUGCAUCUGCAUGAAACUACUUGCAAAACCCACUAUUUUGCAAAAAAAAAAAUGUAUUUUGACAUAUACAAAUAAAAUGAAUAAAACUAUUUUAAAUGUGUGAAUUUUACUGAAAAAAACAUUUUAAACAUGUGAGUUUGGUAUUUAAAUUCUUUGGGCAUUUUUUCAUUGCUUCACUUGGAUGGAAAGUACUUUUCAGAGAUUGUAAUCAAAUUGUGUUUGUUUGCACAUCUGUAAAUGCAAGAGUAAAAUGCCAUAUUUAUGCAAUCUGUAACAAAUUGAAAUAUGUUUAUAUAUUUUACAUAAACCUGUCUGCAUGUAGAAAUUAUAUGGGAACCAGUUUUUUUUA